AUGUUUGAAGUUUGCGAAGAUGCUGAGUAUUUUGAUUGUGACUAUGAGCCUUUGGCUUUUUGGACUCCUCCCUAUGCUAGUGUUGUAAUGACUGCCACGGUUGCUGAUGAGUUCUUUGCGUUUCAUGUUCCUUUGUCGUCUGCUUAUGCUGCAACUUCUCUUGAUUUCACCGUCCUCGGUGAUCUCGCUGAAACUAUCGUUGGUAUGGUUGGUAAUGUCGCUGAUCUGAUGGUAUCUCACCCGGUAUUGCUUCUUGGUGUUGGUCUCGGUCUGAUCGCUUUGGGUGUCUCAGGUGGUCAGACAAACCGCGGCUUUUACUAUGAUCGCUUUAAUUUUGCCACUGUUACUUCUUCGGGUAGACAAAUUUUUGAUGAGGGUUUUGAUGUUCAAUAUGGUUUUUCGGCUCAAUCUUUUUACCGCAACGAACCUUAUCUUUCUGUAGUCUCUGAUUAUUAUUAUCUGUCUAAUAAUGAUCUUUGUCCUCCAGCUUCUUUGAGCAAUGGCUCAGAUGAUAUAUAUAAUUCGCUCUUGCUCGGUCGUUUGUGGAUUUCAAAGGAUGAUAGAGCAUAUGCUGAUAUAUUAGAUCAAGCUCUUGAGGGACUUAAUUUUGUUCAGAAUACUCUUGCACGUGUUAAUGUUCAACUUUGGCUUCGUCCUGUGUUCUUCGAUGGUGCUAAUUCUUAUUUUGGUGAGUGGACUGUUUAUCAAUUUGAGUCGUCCUCUUCAUAUUCGGGUACUACGGAAGAUGGCGGUAUAUCGGAAGAUGGUCGUUUAGAUUCUCAAUCUGAUAAUUCAAACGUCACAAAUUCUACCGGAAUUGGUCAGACUGUGGAGGAUGCCGGUUCUUCGGCUUCUUCGCCAAAUAUUGUCGAUGUUGACCUUUCCGACGUUCCUGCGGUUGUCGGUCAAUUUACAGAAUCCCUUACUGCCUUUGGUGGGUUGUUUGCGGCUUUCUUUUCUUUCCUCCCUCCGUGGGUUACUUUUAUGUUUAUAGCUGCUUUGUCUAUUCUUGAAUAUCCAAAUGGGGAAGUGCAAUGCCGCUUUUAUUCGACUGCGCUCCCUGAUCCUCAGCCCGAAAAUCCUUAUGAAAUUGAUCACCCUAUGCAAAAGAAUCCUUUUAACGGUGAAUAUGUUCGUUCUGAUGUGCCUGAUGGUAUCGAUUUUCGACGACUUGAAUAUUCGGAGGCUGAUUUGGCGCGCUCUAAGGAAAAUAGUGUCUUGCGCUCGAAGCAAUCUAUUUUUACAUUCGCCCGGGCGGCGCAAUGGGAGUAUUUUAUCACGCUAACUUUUUCACCUGACGCGGUUGAUAGAUAUGAUUAUGAUGUGUGUCUUAAUAAGGUGCGUCAAUGGCUCAAUAACCAGCGCAAAAGAUAUGCGCCUGAUUUGCAAUACUUAUUUGUUCCCGAACGUCACAAAGAUGGAGCUUGGCACUUUCAUGGUCUUGUCGCUCAGUGCGGUGCUAUUAAAUUUUCUGAUUCAGGUCAUAAAGAUGGGAAAAAUAUAAUCUAUAAUCUAGGCGGUUGGAAAUAUGGUUUUUCGACUGUUACAGCUGUUCGGGAUUAUCAUAGGUGUGCCCGGUAUAUCGGUAAAUAUGUGACGAAAGAGUUGGAGUGUAUUGAUCUAGGGCGACACCGUUAUAUUCGUAGCCUUAAUCUUUCUAUGCCGAAUAUCUCUCUUAUGAUGGUCGACUCUGAAGCUGAUCUUGUGGAAACUGCCUCGAAGUUGGCGGAAUCUAUGGGCAAAAAAAUUGCCCGAGUUAGUCAGACCCGGGCAAAUGAGCUUGAUUUACAAGCUGGGUAUGUGGGUGCAAAAGUGGAGAGUGUUUUUGCUCCUAUUGAUCAGGUAGGACAAUUCAAUCCGUCUAUGAUCGGUGCAGAGUGGAGGUUCUUUAAUAUGUUUGAAGUUUGCGAAGAUGCUGAGUAUUUUGAUUGUGACUAUGAGCCUUUGGCUUUUUGGACUCCUCCCUAUGCUAGUGUUGUAAUGACUGCCACGGUUGCUGAUGAGUUCUUUGCGUUUCAUGUUCCUUUGUCGUCUGCUUAUGCUGCAACUUCUCUUGAUUUCACCGUCCUCGGUGAUCUCGCUGAAACUAUCGUUGGUAUGGUUGGUAAUGUCGCUGAUCUGAUGGUAUCUCACCCGGUAUUGCUUCUUGGUGUUGGUCUCGGUCUGAUCGCUUUGGGUGUCUCAGGUGGUCAGACAAACCGCGGCUUUUACUAUGAUCGCUUUAAUUUUGCCACUGUUACUUCUUCGGGUAGACAAAUUUUUGAUGAGGGUUUUGAUGUUCAAUAUGGUUUUUCGGCUCAAUCUUUUUACCGCAACGAACCUUAUCUUUCUGUAGUCUCUGAUUAUUAUUAUCUGUCUAAUAAUGAUCUUUGUCCUCCAGCUUCUUUGAGCAAUGGCUCAGAUGAUAUAUAUAAUUCGCUCUUGCUCGGUCGUUUGUGGAUUUCAAAGGAUGAUAGAGCAUAUGCUGAUAUAUUAGAUCAAGCUCUUGAGGGACUUAAUUUUGUUCAGAAUACUCUUGCACGUGUUAAUGUUCAACUUUGGCUUCGUCCUGUGUUCUUCGAUGGUGCUAAUUCUUAUUUUGGUGAGUGGACUGUUUAUCAAUUUGAGUCGUCCUCUUCAUAUUCGGGUACUACGGAAGAUGGCGGUAUAUCGGAAGAUGGUCGUUUAGAUUCUCAAUCUGAUAAUUCAAACGUCACAAAUUCUACCGGAAUUGGUCAGACUGUGGAGGAUGCCGGUUCUUCGGCUUCUUCGCCAAAUAUUGUCGAUGUUGACCUUUCCGACGUUCCUGCGGUUGUCGGUCAAUUUACAGAAUCCCUUACUGCCUUUGGUGGGUUGUUUGCGGCUUUCUUUUCUUUCCUCCCUCCGUGGGUUACUUUUAUGUUUAUAGCUGCUUUGUCUAUUCUUGAAUAUCCAAAUGGGGAAGUGCAAUGCCGCUUUUAUUCGACUGCGCUCCCUGAUCCUCAGCCCGAAAAUCCUUAUGAAAUUGAUCACCCUAUGCAAAAGAAUCCUUUUAACGGUGAAUAUGUUCGUUCUGAUGUGCCUGAUGGUAUCGAUUUUCGACGACUUGAAUAUUCGGAGGCUGAUUUGGCGCGCUCUAAGGAAAAUAGUGUCUUGCGCUCGAAGCAAUCUAUUUUUACAUUCGCCCGGGCGGCGCAAUGGGAGUAUUUUAUCACGCUAACUUUUUCACCUGACGCGGUUGAUAGAUAUGAUUAUGAUGUGUGUCUUAAUAAGGUGCGUCAAUGGCUCAAUAACCAGCGCAAAAGAUAUGCGCCUGAUUUGCAAUACUUAUUUGUUCCCGAACGUCACAAAGAUGGAGCUUGGCACUUUCAUGGUCUUGUCGCUCAGUGCGGUGCUAUUAAAUUUUCUGAUUCAGGUCAUAAAGAUGGGAAAAAUAUAAUCUAUAAUCUAGGCGGUUGGAAAUAUGGUUUUUCGACUGUUACAGCUGUUCGGGAUUAUCAUAGGUGUGCCCGGUAUAUCGGUAAAUAUGUGACGAAAGAGUUGGAGUGUAUUGAUCUAGGGCGACACCGUUAUAUUCGUAGCCUUAAUCUUUCUAUGCCGAAUAUCUCUCUUAUGAUGGUCGACUCUGAAGCUGAUCUUGUGGAAACUGCCUCGAAGUUGGCGGAAUCUAUGGGCAAAAAAAUUGCCCGAGUUAGUCAGACCCGGGCAAAUGAGCUUGAUUUACAAGCUGGGUAUGUGGGUGCAAAAGUGGAGAGUGUUUUUGCUCCUAUUGAUCAGGUAGGACAAUUCAAUCCGUCUAUGAUCGGUGCAGAGUGGAGGUUCUUUAAUAUGUUUGAAGUUUGCGAAGAUGCUGAGUAUUUUGAUUGUGACUAUGAGCCUUUGGCUUUUUGGACUCCUCCCUAUGCUAGUGUUGUAAUGACUGCCACGGUUGCUGAUGAGUUCUUUGCGUUUCAUGUUCCUUUGUCGUCUGCUUAUGCUGCAACUUCUCUUGAUUUCACCGUCCUCGGUGAUCUCGCUGAAACUAUCGUUGGUAUGGUUGGUAAUGUCGCUGAUCUGAUGGUAUCUCACCCGGUAUUGCUUCUUGGUGUUGGUCUCGGUCUGAUCGCUUUGGGUGUCUCAGGUGGUCAGACAAACCGCGGCUUUUACUAUGAUCGCUUUAAUUUUGCCACUGUUACUUCUUCGGGUAGACAAAUUUUUGAUGAGGGUUUUGAUGUUCAAUAUGGUUUUUCGGCUCAAUCUUUUUACCGCAACGAACCUUAUCUUUCUGUAGUCUCUGAUUAUUAUUAUCUGUCUAAUAAUGAUCUUUGUCCUCCAGCUUCUUUGAGCAAUGGCUCAGAUGAUAUAUAUAAUUCGCUCUUGCUCGGUCGUUUGUGGAUUUCAAAGGAUGAUAGAGCAUAUGCUGAUAUAUUAGAUCAAGCUCUUGAGGGACUUAAUUUUGUUCAGAAUACUCUUGCACGUGUUAAUGUUCAACUUUGGCUUCGUCCUGUGUUCUUCGAUGGUGCUAAUUCUUAUUUUGGUGAGUGGACUGUUUAUCAAUUUGAGUCGUCCUCUUCAUAUUCGGGUACUACGGAAGAUGGCGGUAUAUCGGAAGAUGGUCGUUUAGAUUCUCAAUCUGAUAAUUCAAACGUCACAAAUUCUACCGGAAUUGGUCAGACUGUGGAGGAUGCCGGUUCUUCGGCUUCUUCGCCAAAUAUUGUCGAUGUUGACCUUUCCGACGUUCCUGCGGUUGUCGGUCAAUUUACAGAAUCCCUUACUGCCUUUGGUGGGUUGUUUGCGGCUUUCUUUUCUUUCCUCCCUCCGUGGGUUACUUUUAUGUUUAUAGCUGCUUUGUCUAUUCUUGAAUAUCCAAAUGGGGAAGUGCAAUGCCGCUUUUAUUCGACUGCGCUCCCUGAUCCUCAGCCCGAAAAUCCUUAUGAAAUUGAUCACCCUAUGCAAAAGAAUCCUUUUAACGGUGAAUAUGUUCGUUCUGAUGUGCCUGAUGGUAUCGAUUUUCGACGACUUGAAUAUUCGGAGGCUGAUUUGGCGCGCUCUAAGGAAAAUAGUGUCUUGCGCUCGAAGCAAUCUAUUUUUACAUUCGCCCGGGCGGCGCAAUGGGAGUAUUUUAUCACGCUAACUUUUUCACCUGACGCGGUUGAUAGAUAUGAUUAUGAUGUGUGUCUUAAUAAGGUGCGUCAAUGGCUCAAUAACCAGCGCAAAAGAUAUGCGCCUGAUUUGCAAUACUUAUUUGUUCCCGAACGUCACAAAGAUGGAGCUUGGCACUUUCAUGGUCUUGUCGCUCAGUGCGGUGCUAUUAAAUUUUCUGAUUCAGGUCAUAAAGAUGGGAAAAAUAUAAUCUAUAAUCUAGGCGGUUGGAAAUAUGGUUUUUCGACUGUUACAGCUGUUCGGGAUUAUCAUAGGUGUGCCCGGUAUAUCGGUAAAUAUGUGACGAAAGAGUUGGAGUGUAUUGAUCUAGGGCGACACCGUUAUAUUCGUAGCCUUAAUCUUUCUAUGCCGAAUAUCUCUCUUAUGAUGGUCGACUCUGAAGCUGAUCUUGUGGAAACUGCCUCGAAGUUGGCGGAAUCUAUGGGCAAAAAAAUUGCCCGAGUUAGUCAGACCCGGGCAAAUGAGCUUGAUUUACAAGCUGGGUAUGUGGGUGCAAAAGUGGAGAGUGUUUUUGCUCCUAUUGAUCAGGUAGGACAAUUCAAUCCGUCUAUGAUCGGUGCAGAGUGGAGGUUCUUUAAUAUGUUUGAAGUUUGCGAAGAUGCUGAGUAUUUUGAUUGUGACUAUGAGCCUUUGGCUUUUUGGACUCCUCCCUAUGCUAGUGUUGUAAUGACUGCCACGGUUGCUGAUGAGUUCUUUGCGUUUCAUGUUCCUUUGUCGUCUGCUUAUGCUGCAACUUCUCUUGAUUUCACCGUCCUCGGUGAUCUCGCUGAAACUAUCGUUGGUAUGGUUGGUAAUGUCGCUGAUCUGAUGGUAUCUCACCCGGUAUUGCUUCUUGGUGUUGGUCUCGGUCUGAUCGGUACUGCAGUUGGUAUUGUUAGAAGUUUUGCGCUUCGUAAACACUAA